AAAACAUGCACUGUGUCAGUAGUGAGCAUUCAGUCAAAAUGGCUUCCUUUUGGCAAUGUGCACUCCUUUUGAGCCUUGCAUCUGCCGUUGCGGUAUUUGCAGAUAUGAAACUGGACUGUGGGCCAGAUUUCAUGACGCUGGUUUGGACAGAAAGCCGACCCCAGGCCGACACGUCGCUUCUCCGUUUGGGUAGCUGUUUCCCCACCAGCUUCUCGGCAAGAGAGGCCUAUUUCUACGUGGACCUCACUGACUGUAACUUUAGGAGAGUGGUUACUGGGGAUGCACUGUUCUACACCAAUGAUCUGUCCUACGUUCCCGCUCCCGGCUCUCACAAUUUGGCCUUCACUCACCCAGUUGUCUGUGCAUAUGAGAGGCCUAAAGACUGGUACCCUUCGAUAUAUGACCCAGUGUUUAAAACCUACGGUCUAGGAGAUCUGCUGUUUAACAUUGGGCUUAUGAAUGAUGACUUCUCAGGCCCCGCUGAAUCUACACGCUUUCCUCUGGGCUCCAUUAUCCCCAUCAUGGCUAGUGUGGACCAGAAGACCCAUCAGCCCUUGUUGCUGCUUCUUGAUGAAUGCGUAGCAGCUACCACACCAGAGCUGCAUCCUGAAAGCACCAUGUACCCAAUAAUAUCCAAUAAAGGAUGUCUUUUGGAAAGUAUGACAUCACGAACAAAAUUCGAACCAAGGCAAAAGUCAUCAGAGAUCCGCCUAUCACUUCAAACCUUUAAGUUUGCGCUGGGAGAAGAGGUCUUUAUCCACUGCAAACUUUUGGCUUGGGAUCCCAAUGGUCUUGACAGCACUAAGAAAGCAUGCCACUAUGUCAAAGGGCGUGGUUGGGAGCUGCUGGACAAUUUAGCCCAUAACAGUCUUUGUGACUGCUGUGAAUCGAAAUGCAAGUCAAGAAGGCAGAGGAGCAUUGCCUCAGGGAAACAUGGAAUGGUACAAAAAGCAGUCCUUGGACCACUUACCAUCACAGAUGUGAAUUCCUGAAGGAAUGGAUCCAUCUUUCUGACUGGUUUCUUCAAUCUGAAUUGGGAUUUUAUUCUUGGUUUCCUAAGCUUAGUGCGAGACUGUCUCUUUGCAUUUCAGAUUGUCUGUGGCCAAUAAAAAAAUGUAUCUGAAACACUUAA